GAAAUCCAUUAUCACUUAUUACAUCACAUGCUUACAUAUUCUUCUACUAUCACAAGAUUCUAGAUUGGUAUGUGAUGCCCCAUACGUUUAGUUGCCGGUACUGACAUAGAAUAUAUUGCCAAAGGUAUUAGAGUAUCUAUAUCUCUCAAACCAUAGACUCUUAACACUCGGUUACCAAGGCUAAACAACAAAUUCGAUUUAUUUAUGAUGACAGGACAUCACCGCCACAGACAUUCAAGCCAUCGGCACGAUGGCCAUAAUGGCUCGAGAGGAGCUGAAGAACAGCACCGCGACCAGGGAUCCCGAGAGAGAUUGUUCAAGGAGUUGAAGGAGCGUAGAAGUAGAAAAGAAAGAUGGAGCGCAGCCCGAGAGGUAGUUGAGGGUAAUAGGGGCACACCAUGGUGGUUUGAAAUGAACGAGUCGGAGCACAGAAUCAAAAAAUGGAUGGCAGAAGAAUUAGAAGAUAAGGAAAUACGAAACGCUAAUGAAUGGAACAAAGCCCAGGAGUUAAAGCAGAUUAGGCAAUGUGUUUAUGAUAGAGACCGGAAACAUCACGCUUUAGCUAUGGCGGAGAAAAAAUGGAAUGUUACUAAGGUAGAGAGAGAUAGAAAAAAGAGAGAUAGAGAUCAGAAGCUCCAAGAGGCAUGGGAAAAGGAGUCCAACCGCUGGGUGGAAGAGCUGGAGGUUGCAGACUCUUACGACAAUCGAAACACAGGACCCGAUGAAGACGGUGUUACUUGGUCGCGUCAAAGCCUCGUAACUAUCAACAACGAUAUUAGAAAGAGGCAUCUCUCAAGAUGCAUUCCCAGUCUUCAAAAGCCCAACUCUAGAGGUGCACACUGCAUGGACUGUGAGGAUGAGAAUGAGACUGGACCUUUCUGGAAUGAGGUCCACAGGCUCGGACUCUAAGGGCAUAAAACAUUUGUUGUACUAUUUUCAAUCCUUCUAUGAGGAAGUAGAUAUUAGAAAAUCA